AAAGACAAAGGCCGAAGUCUCUCUCUCACUCUCUCGCUCUUUCUCUCACACACACACAGAGAUUACAAAAUUAUUACUGCACAACCACUACUGCUACCCUCCUUCUCUCCAGUCCCUACCUAAUCCAAUACCUAAAACCAAUACUCUCAUCAAAACUUAAUUUUAACCAGACGAGAUAAAUAAAUAAACAAAGAGACAAGCAUUAAUAAAUCUAUAGUGAUUGCCCGCUGCUUGGUAGCUCUGGUUGUUGUUUAUUCUUUGUUGUCUUUUUUUCUUAUCAAAUCAAAAAACCCUAACUAGUUUCACAUAACCAGUCAGAUCUUGAACUGUCUUUUGAGUUCAAGAUAAAGAGCCGAUCUUCGAUGCGGAACUCGGCUCCUGCGAGUUGACUCAAUGGAGAAGUUAAGAAAUUCUAUUUGGAAAUGUUAAGCAUUUUUAAGGACUAUUCUGGUUUUUUUUACUUCAGUUUUAAUGUCUUCGGCUUUCGAGCGGCCAAGAGUCGGACCUUCCAAUACGGUUUUCAAGAGUGGCCCACUUUUCAUAUCCUCAAAAGGAAUAGGCUGGAAGUCAUGGAAGAAGCGGUGGUUUAUCCUCACACGCACUUCCUUGGUGUUCUUCAAAAAUGACCCUAGUGCUCUACCACAAAGAGGUGGUGAAGUAAAUCUUACUUUAGGGGGCAUUGAUUUGAACAAUUCUGGAAGCGUUGUUGUUAGAGAAGAUAAGAAAUUAUUAACUGUCUUGUUUCCUGAUGGACGUGAUGGCCGAGCUUUCACCCUUAAGGCUGAGACGUCAGAGGAUUUGUAUGAGUGGAAGACAGCCCUUGAACUUGCCCUUGCACAAGCACCAAGUCCUGCCCUUGUAAUGAGACACAAUGGGAUAUUCCGAAAUGACACAAAUGAAGCUAUUGAAGGGUCUUUCCACCAAUGGAGGGAUAAACGUCCGGUUAAGUCAUUGGUUGUUGGAAGACCCAUUUUACUUGCCCUUGAAGAUAUUGAUGGUGGUCCAUCAUUCCUUGAGAAAGCUCUCCGAUUUCUUGAAAAGUUUGGAACUAAAGUUGAAGGAAUCUUACGUCAAGCUGCGGAUGUUGAGGAAGUUGACCGCAGGGUUCAAGAAUAUGAACAAGGCAAGAAUGAAUUUGAACCAGAUGAGGAUGCUCAUGUUGUUGGUGAUUGUGUGAAGCAUGUUUUAAGGGAACUGCCCUCCUCUCCAGUUCCUGCAUCUUGCUGCACCGCAUUGCUAGAGGCCUAUAAAAUCGAUCGGAAGGAAGCUCGGAUUAAUGCAAUGCGCUCUGCAAUAGUGGAGACAUUUCCAGAACCAAAUCGGCGUUUAUUACAGAGAAUUCUGAAGAUGAUGCACACAAUCUCUUCACAUGCUCAUGAAAAUCGAAUGAAUCCAUCUGCUGUUGCUGCUUGCAUGGCACCCUUGCUACUGCGUCCUUUAUUAGCUGGUGAAUGCGAGUUGGAGGAUGACUUCGAUUUUAAUGGUGAUAAUUCUGCCCAGCUGCUUGCUGCUGCAAAUGCUGCUAAUAAUGCUCAAGCCAUUAUUACAACACUUCUGGAGGAGUAUGAAAAUAUUUUCGAUGAUGAAAAUCUACACAGGUGCUCUAUUUCAGCUGAUUCUCGGAUAGAAAACAGUGGGAGUGAUGAUUCAACUGAUGAUGAAAAUAUGGACAUGAAAGAAAAUGGUUAUCAUGAUGCAGAAAAUGAAGUUGAUCAAGAUUCAGAUGAUGACCCUGAGCGUGUACUAAGUGGAAAAUUAAGUGAAAGCAGUGGUUCUGCUGACAGUGAUCUCUAUGAUUAUAAGGCUUUUGGUGGUGAUGAUUCAGAUGUUGGAUCACCUAGAACCAAUAAUGCUCCAGCUGAGAGUUCAAAUAUAUCUGUUGAUCCUGUACAAACAAGAGAUUCCAAUGCUCAACCCAUAGAACAAAAAAGUAAACCAAAGAAAGGAAAUGAAAAUUCAGCAAACGAGAUGGAUGUUUCAAGUGUGUUACCAACUGGUGAAUCUUACCGGUCAAUGGGUGAAAUUCUAUCCUCAGUGGAUCCUGUGUCUCCCAUGCCCAUAUCUGGAGUGGAAUCAUCUGCUGAGAAGUCGGCAGGUAAAGUUGCAGCCUCUAAUCUCAAUGGGAAGCGAUCGACAUUCUGGGGAAGAAGUAACGCCAGAAAGACACCAUCAAUGGAAUCAGUUGAUUCUUCUGGGGAAGAGGAGCUUGCUAUUCAGAGGCUUGAGAUAACAAAGAAUGACUUGAGGCACAGAAUUGCUAAGGAGGCUCGUGGAAAUGCCAUUUUACAAGCAAGCUUAGAGAGGAGAAAGCAAGCUUUGCAUGAGCGUCGCUUAGCACUUGAACAAGAUGUUGCAAGAUUGCAAGAGCAGCUGCAAGCUGAAAGAGAUCUUAGAGCUGCAUUGGAAGUUGGUUUGAGCAUGUCUUCAGGACAGUUCUCCAGUUCUCACGGCAUGGAUUCUAAAACGAGGGCUGAGCUUGAGGAGAUUGCUCUUGCUGAAGCAGAUGUGGCCAGGUUGAAGCAAAAAGUUGCAGAGCUCCACCAUCAACUUAAUCAGCAAAGACAGCAUCACUAUGGUUCCCUUUCGGAUGCAAGUGAUUGUUUUCAACAUGUUCAAAAUCAUAACCCUCAACAGAGAUUUUUGCAGCAAGAUUUUGAUACAACCGUUGCUUUUGUUAAUCAUGAGAGGAAACAGAGAACUGAGGAGGGCUUGUUGGGUACCGAUCGGAAGCAUAUUAAAGGACCAGGGAUAGCAACUGGAAGCAGCAGCAGGCAGCCUUCUCGAAAGCAAUUUAUGGAAUCAGCAAAUCUUAGUGACUCAAAAAGUACUGAGGCAUCAACAAACAUGUCCAUGGAUGAGCUUUGUGGUGUUGAUUCUGCCCCCUCUACUUCCAGAGCAGUAGAGGUGAUGGACUAUCCAAGACAUCCAUCAGCAGCAUCUUCAGCUUUGGUAGAACUAACAACUCGACUGGAUUUCUUCAAGGAAAGGCGUUCUCAGCUCAUGGAACAGCUCCACAACCUUGAUCUGAACUAUGGCACAACGUCUUCACAAGAUUUUAUUUAUAGACCAUCAUCCCCUCCAUGGAACUGACCAAAGACGAUGAUGCUCACUAGAUUGACUUGCGGUCUUGUACAUUCUUCAGUGUUGCAUAUAAUUGUAUCUCAUGCACCCUUGCUUACCCCCGAUUUUUCUUUUCUUCUCCUCUCUCUCUGUUUCCCCUUUUUUUUUUUUGCGGGCAUUUUUCUAGUGCGAGUAUGAUUGAAUUCAUAAUGAUCAAGUGUUCUUUCAGCCGUAGUAUUGCGUUCUUUUGUCACAAAAUAUUGUAAACAAAACUGAGUGUUGCCUGUUGUGUCAAUAGUAGGUGGAGGUAUGUAUUGAACAGAGACACAUUGGAAGAGAAGCCCUUUUUUUUUU